UGCUUAUCAAAGCUUCACGCGCGUCACUCUCUACUACAUUUCAAAGAUGGCCGAUCAAAGGCUGACAAAAUAUAUUUUGCGGAUAAUUUUUCUUGGUCUUGUCAUAUUUGACGAAAGUAGGUGCAGGAAUCACACACUGACGAUAAAGAAUGACAAGAGAGCUCAGUUUGUGUCCAGCACUUUUGAGUUCCUGCAAGGUGGCUACCUCGACGUCAACAUGACCACCUUCACCUACAGGAUGGACAGCUCCUUGAAGCUGCAGGAAGGAACAUUUGGCUUUAUCCUGGAUAAAAGUAGCAGCAGUGGUAUCUCCAGUUACUGGGAAAAACAAGAGCAAACAGCUUGUAUACUAAUGGAUAGCACAGAUAUAUAUAAAAAGGACAAGAAUGUGGCCGUCACCUUCUUCAAAUUUGACUUGGAUAACAGAAGAAUCACCAUACAAAGAGUUGGUACGGAUGUACAGAAGUUGAACAUCAAGGUGACUUCUCCAGGGGCAUCCUCCUCUCCAGGGGGGUCCUCCCCAGGGGAGUCUUCCCCAGGGGUGACUACACCCACAGGUUCUCACAGCAGAAAAAGAAGAAAGGCAGCCACUGAAGCUCCCAGUGUAACAGAAGCCACCAAUGACACAAGUGAGAGCACUGCUGAGACAGCAGCUAAACUGAUCAACUCAAUACCUUUGAAUGAAAUAGAGAAUGAGAAAGGAGAAAUGAUUUGGCAGGCUUCUUUCCGUGUUGAAAUCCAUAACCCUGAAGAAGAGGGACUGUAUAACUUGUACUUCCACAGCUGUCCUAACACUAAUGAUGAAGACAAAGCUGCGAUCAAUUUGACGCUUCAUAUUGUGGAGAGGAACCCGGAUAGUUUCCUGUCAGUUGGGAAUGUGCCACUUCCUACUCUCUACUUCUCAUUCUGUGUGUUGUACCUAUUGACCAGCUUUGUGUGGCUCUACAUGCUCAGGAAGUCCAAGAGUGAAGUGUACAAGAUCCAUUACCUGAUGUUUGCCAUCAUGAUUGUCAAAUCUGUCUCUUUCCUGUUCCAUGCUAUUAACUACCAUUUUAUUGGUAAACUUGGUUACCACGAAGAGGCUUGGGCUGUAUUGUACUACAUCACACACCUAUUGAAAGGUGUCCUUCUGUUCACUGUGAUUGCUCUGAUAGGCGCAGGCUGGGAUUUUGUCAAACAUAUGUUGUCAGACAGAGACAAAAAAAUUAUUCUGGUGGCAAUUUCUUUACAGGUUUUGACUAAUGUGGCACAGAUUAUAUUAGAAGAAACUGAGGAGGGCUCUCAAGUGUACUCUUAUUGGAAUAAGAUACUCAUCAUAGGGGACUUACUGUGUUGUGGAGCCAUACUUUUCCCUGUAGUAUGGUCAAUUCGUCAUCUGCAUGAUGCCUCACAGACUGAUAGAAAAGCAGUCACGAAUAUUUGUCAUCUGUAUGAUGCCUCACAGACUGAUGGAAAAGCAGCCACGAAUUUAAAUAAACUUAAAUUAUUUAGGCAUUUUUACAUUAUUGUUGUCUGUUAUAUUUAUUCCACCAGGAUAGUUGCAUAUCUAUUAAAGAUCUUAGUACCAUUCCAUUACUCAUGGUUCUCAGAGUUGUUCAUUGAGUUGGCCACAUUCAUCUUCUUUGUGAUCACUGGCUACAAGUUCCAGCCAGCUGAUAACAACCCAUACCUACAAGUGCCAACAGAGGAGGACGAGGAACAGCUGGAGAUGGAGGAAGUUCUGACCCACACUGGAAUGUACGACACUCUUACCAAGGUCAACAUAAAACACUCUGACAGAGAUGACCACGAGGUCACACAAGACAGGCCACAACCCAAGCAGAGAGAGGCCAGACUAGUAAAGGCAAUCAGCAUGGAAUGAAAGUCUGCUAACAAUAAGAAAGAAUGUUCAGAAUUAAGUGGAAGCAAUGUUCUCAAGUUUGACAGUGGAAAUCAUGUCCCAUAUUUUACCCAGCAGGUGACAGAGAAUCUGUGGCGGAACUCAUACCUAUUUAUUCCUAAGUGUUAUUGUGGCAGGCUUAGGAGGGAAUGGCAAUAUAUAUAUAACGGACUGAGGGCUUGCUGUGUUUAAAUGUGAUACUUGUAGUAGUACAUGAAAUAUUAGAUAUAAAAGGAAUUGUUUGUUUUUGAGUAUAUUUGAAGGUACACAUAAAUCAUAGUUGUUUGUCAUGGUUCUUUCUUGAUACCCAGAGCUGUUGGAAUCAUUGUAUGUAAAAAUGUAAAAAUCUUGUAUGGCAUAACAGGAGACAUUUUAACAUAAUCAGAAGCAACUGAUAUAUCAGAUUUUAAUUUCUCUCAGAAAAUAAACAAGCUUGUUUUGUUUUACGUAAAAGUAAUGCAUUUUACAUGGUUUCUUUCGGAGUCCCAGCAAAGCCAUGCCAUUAGUCUGUGUAAAUGAAUUUGUACUUGAAAGGUUCAGGCAGAGUUAUUCCCAUACCACAAGUUUUACCCACUCUAUUUGUUUCUCUUUGAAAUAGCAAAACUAUAUUGAAACGGUGUCUUUGUUCAUGUAACUCUAUCCUGAGAGUCAGAAUUAACUAGAAACUCACGUCUGUCAUCUCCACGCCUGUCUCUGUGUGUCUAGAUACAGUACCUUGCUAAAUUCAGGGUAUAUCAAUAGUUUGAGAAUACCUUUGCAGCAUCUCUAAGACCCCAUUCCCAUAGAUUUUAGAUCGAUCUAUCUCUGUGGGGAGUCUCACUAGAUUACUGUCAGCUU